CUUUUAUCUAUAUAUUUUUUCCUUUUUUUACAAGGUGGUAGGUUUGUUUAUUCACUCCAUUGCGUCUCAUUUUAAAAAUUUUUGCUCAUACUUAUUAUUAUUGCUUGUCUCUUGCACCAUGCCUGAAUUAUUGUGAUGCUUCUUUUGUCUCAUUUCCCUGGCAUAAAAUAAAAAAAGUUGUUGGGGAAAAAAAGUUGCACUGCUGAUAAUCCCGUCCACAUAAAGAACAACGCGCCUCAGCCGCCAUGUUGCCUGUUGGGCGUCCUGUCUCGGCACACGAGGGAUGAAACCUGCACCAUGCGUGUCAGCACAUCCCUGGCAAAGGUGGGACGGCCAACCUGCCCUUUAAAUGGAGGGAUUAAACUGAUCAACUGCAUGUUUUCCUGGAUUAACGCCAGAGAUUAGAACCAAGGAGAACAUCCAGGGGGUGUGGAGGUGUGGUGUACUACAAAAGGCCCUUGCCAAGUGCCAAAGGUCCAAGAGUUGAGUGACUGAGCAGGGAUACGAUCUGCUUCACAGUAGAACAAUUGGUUUGUGCAGUUUGGACCAGCAGCUGUUAGAGACAUGGGCAACUCAAACGGAUGCACCGUGGACGACCUGCAGGCUGUGGAGAUGCACCUGUGGUACAAGAAGUUCAUGACGGAGUGUCCGUCCGGCCAGCUCACUCUGCACGAGUUCAAGCAGUUCUUCGGGCUGAAGGGGUUGGACCCAGAGGCCAACGCCUACAUAGAGCAGAUGUUCCGGACGUUUGACAUGAACAAGGAUGGCUACAUAGAUUUCAUGGAGUAUGUGGCAGCUCUGAGUCUGGUGAUGCGGGGAAAGAUGGAGCACAAGCUUCGCUGGUACUUCAAACUCUAUGACGUCGACGGAAACGGCUGCAUUGACCGCUAUGAACUCCUGAACAUCAUCAGGGCAAUCCGGGCGAUCAAUGGAAACGACAAUCAGGAAACAGCCGCAGAGGAAUUCACCAACAAAGUCUUUGAUAGGAUUGACAUCAACGGAGAUGGUGAGCUUUCUUUGGAGGAGUUCGUGGAAGGCGCUCGCAGUGACGAAGACUUCAUGGAGGUGAUGAUGAAGAGUUUGGACCUUCGUCACAUCAUGGCGAUGAUCCACAGCAGGAGGCACAGCGUUUAGCUGCCUCACCCUCAUUCACAACGCCGCCUCUUUGGAAAAAAACUCUUUUAUAUUUAAAAGUUUCUGUUUGGUUUGACUCCAACGUAACGUGAGGCCGUACCUCUGAAAACAGACAUUUUAUGAGUUUAAUCUCCAAAUGAGCGACAUUUAUGCACUUUAAAAACGGGCUAAUUCACUCCGGUUACGAAGGAUGAUCUGUAUGAAAGUCAAUCCUGAGCUGAGCCCCACGGAUCUGUUUUUAUUUUCUGUAUCAAUGUCCCUCAUAAGGUUAAAUUAGUCGGGUCUACAGGAGAAAGUACGACUGUUUAACGUGAAUUUGAUUAGCUGGAAAACAGGAACCGUAAGAGAUUUAGUCAAGAAUAGACAUUUUCUAUUUUUUCUGUGUUUAAAAGCCAAAUUUAGUAGCAGGUUUUGUUGUUUUGAAGUGUCUUUGGGUGUUUUAUUGACUGACGUGUUUGGCUUAAUAAUAUAGAAUAUCCUGGUUCUGUUGUCAGCUGUACUCAUCUGGUGCCUUCACUGCACAGUGUUUAAUUUCAGCUUUUCUCUAUUUAUACACUGAAACAAAUCCCAAUAAAAACCUGAUAAGAAGUACAUUUCUGUCUUAACUAAAUGAAAUGUGUCCAAUUAUGAAUGCAGUUUUAAUUUUUAAGUUACUUUGAUGUAUCAGAUUAAAUGUUUCAGCAUUUUUCUGUCAUAUAAACAAAUAUCUGACCAACAAGUAUUUGAGACAUUUACCUGAAGGAAAAGUGUCUAUAAAUAAAUAUACUGCA